CCCCCCUUACUACUGUGAUCCGUGGGAGUAUAACAACUGUUUGUGUGCCAACUGCCAAGUAUAGUAUAGUGUCAAAGAGUCUAUAUUUGUGGAAAAUGAAGGUCCUUGCUCUUCUACUGAUGCUUUUGAGAUACUCACAGGGACAAACUGUGGAGCUAAAGUAUGCAUUAUUCACUGCAACUGAAGGAUUUGACUCAUCUGGAGCAGUGCCUGCGAUUGAACUGGCUGAGCAGAUGGUUAACAGCAAUGACUCUAUCUUGCCUGGCUACACAUUAGCACAUAUUGGAAUCAAAGACACUAAGUGUGACAGAGCAAUAUCACUGGGUCUAUUCUUUGAGGCCCUCUCUUCUCCCAAUCCUCCUAUCCUGGGACUACUUGGGUGUGGCUGUUCAGUAGCUUCUACACCAGUGGCAGAGAUAGUGCAACACAAGAGCCUCUCACAGAUAGCUUAUGCAUCGUCUUCGGUUGAACUUGAUGACCAGGAUCGAUUUCCUAACUUCUUUCGUACCUAUCCAUCUGAUGCUGAAUUUCCCACAGUCUUUAAUGCAAUCGUUCAGCAGUAUGGAUGGAAAAGAGUUGCCAUCCUAAUUCAAAAUGAAGGAAUCUUUACUGGGAAUUUUGAAACACUGAAACAAACAUUAGUCGCUCAGAAUGUGACUGUACAGAACAGAGUAUUUCGUAGUGAGCUACCCAUUCAAGGACUGAAUACUUCCACAGAGAACUUCUUUUUAGAAGAUGAUGACUAUCGUGUAUUUUUUAUCAGUGCUUACUCUCAAUUUGCACAACACAUAAUAUGCGAGGCCUAUAAACGCGGCUAUACCUAUCCAAGGUAUGCUUGGAUCUUGUACGCAUGGUAUGCAGAGGAAUGGUGGACUCAAGAUGCUGAUACUGGUUGUACAAGCAGCCAGUUAGCAGAGUUUUUGGAUAAAGUUAUAACAAUUCAGAUCUUUGCCGUCCCAACUGAUGAAAACGCUAUGACUGAUACUGGACUGACCGCUAAUGAAUUUGACACCCUCUAUGAAACAACAUCGAGUACAAGCAACUACAGUUCUUCGUUUGUGGCUCCUAUUGGAUAUGACGCUCUAUGGACCUUUGCAUUUGCUCUGGACAAAACAAACCAUAUGCUACAAGAGAUGACAAGAGAUGAUAUUCUAAACACAACAGGGUGCUUGGGAGAAAACUCAAUAGACGGAAUGCGCUGGGAAUUAGUCUCUCUGGGGAAUUUCACAAAUGACAAUCGACUCAUGAGCUGUGUUAUACGAUGGAACCUUCAAAGAACAGACUUUUUAGGAGUAUCUGGCCGAGUUCAAUUCGCCGUUGGCUCCAGGUUUCAAGCAAACAGUCAGAUAUUUCAGUAUAGAAUAAGUGAUGGAAUGCUGCGAGAACAGUACUUUGCACGAACAGAGUAUGAUCAGAACAGUACUACUGCAAUAGCAAUUGUACACCUGAGCAACGAGUCAACUGAUACAGUCUAUUCAGGUGGUGUUCCUCCUGAUGGAACUCCAUUCAAUAAGGUCAAUACAUUUCACGAUGCACUGGUUAGUUGCUACUACAUCCUCGCUGGUUUGGGUAUCCUGUACAGUACUGUCUGCCUGGUCUUCAACUUUACACAGCGAAAUAAGAGGAUUGUGAAACUCACAAGCCCUAACCUCAACUACUUUCUCAUAGCUGGCACAUACAUAAUGUAUGCAGCAGUGUUUCUUCGACUCAUAUCAAGCACUGUGUAUGACAUUAACUAUGCGAGAUGCAUUAUGGAUACCCUAGUGUACAACAUCGGCUACUGUAUGGCGUUUGGAGUGAUUCUAGCGAAAAUGGGGAGGAUCAACUACAUCUUUAAUAACCCAACAGCAAGCAAAACGACUGUCAGGGAUUGGCAUCUGAUUAUAGUCACACUGCUCGUCACAGGAUUCGGAACACUACUCGUAACACUGCAAGUGGCUAUUCCUCAACUCAGGCCAACUCCACAACUGAUUCCUGACGAUGAACACGGGAUUGAAAAAGACGAAUAUAAUGUAAGCAUCAACAACAAAGUAUACAACUGCUUUGAUGGUGCCAGUGUAGAAGCUACUCCGUGGAUGAUUGUGACCUUCCUCUAUUUGGUAUUGUUGCAAAUUGUGGGAAUUGUUCUAGCAAUUCAAACACGCAAAGUGAAGGUCAAAGUGUUGAAUGAUUCCAAGUACAUCGCUGCUCUGAUUUACAUAUCCAGCAUUGUGUUAGUCACCAGAGCAGUUGCUAUAUUUGGUGUAAACCAUCUACUCAAUGUGAGCGAGGCCAUCUUUUCUGGAGGAAUUAUAAUUGUCAGUACUGCAUUCUUGAGUUUUGUCUUCAUUCCCAAGAUGGUGAGCCUAGCUCGAGAUCCAAAGGGAGAGAACAUUUUUGACAAAAGCAGUGAACCUAAUACAGCUGAGAUUUCUCUAAGUACUAGGAAAAUAAGUGUUGUAGAUGAAGCUGAAUUGAAAAUUAAGCAACUAGAGGCCAAAGUUGCUCAGCUAGAGAUCGAGAAGAAGCAGCUACAGAAGUACGAGAAUGAGAAAUCUUUAGAAAUCUUGGUGAACAAUAACAUUGGCUCUAUUGGCUCCGUCGAUUCUGACCCGGGAACAAUUAUGUAAACAUGCAUAUUAUAUAGUGCUGUACGUGUUUAGCUUGUUUGGUAUUUCCCUCAAUGCACCAUUUAUAAUUAUAAUUAUAGCACAAUAAUUAUUUGUUGUGUAGAAAAUUAUAUGACAUUGCAUCAUCAAAGGUAUGCAUUCAAAGAA